CACGAAUCUUGGAGGAAUAUACCAUUUGGAGCUCAAGCUUGAUCGUUAUAUCACUUUGCCUUUUCCAGGACAUUGAAUCCACGCUGCAGAUCCAGUUUGUCGCACAUUUGUUAUGCAUUAGAUUUUUAAAAAAAUACUAUUGAGAAUAUUUUGAUGCCAAGAUUCUCCAUCAGAUUGGAUUGGUGAAACUUUUGAACGCAACGCAUGCGCGUCAUGCGCCUGCCAGCAUGGAGUGCAAGGCAAGCGGAGUGCUGGACACUACCAAGGACGAGUCUGCGCUCACAAGCCUGCAGGAACGUCUGUCCUGCAUCUCUGGCGAGCACCUCGCUCCAUUCAAGCAGCUGGAGAUAUUGCUCCUUGGCCCUUCAUACACAUCAAAUACCAAGGGACCCGAGCUCCGCUUGGUGCAGCAGCUUAAAGAACCAGACACCGCCCAGCACAAGAAAGGCUCGUCCGCCUGGAAGGUGAGGCAUGAGGGGAUGCCCCUGCGGGGCAAGGGCGCAGCUGAUCUGCCUGCCACAGUGCGUGUGGUUGCGGAGAGCAGCUGCAGCGGCGCAGACAUCAUCGGCUUCUGGGCAGCUCUGGGAUUCCAGCGGCGGUACAGCAUGGUCAAAGAGGGAUUCUGCGUCAGCUGCUACCUGGACGAUCAUUUUGUGCAUGUUGCAGUGGUGAGGGUGUGCAAGGAAGGGACAGGCGGCGCAGCCGGCGAGCAGGUGGCGCCUGGGUGCUGGCUGGUGGAAGCCACAACGGCGGCAACAGAGGGGCAGCAUGCCGCAGCUGCAGGAGCAAUUGGAAAGCUUGCUGAGCUGCUCGAGCCACUGGUGGUGCUCCAGAAGCAAUGAAGCAGUCUAAGCAUUUUCAUCGAGUACUCAGGGCAACACAUCCUCAGGACAGGCUCUUGCUGGGUACAAGCAGAACUCUGCCAUCAAAUGGAACUGAAAGAUUGAAAAUCUCCUGCUGACUUUAAAUCUAGUAGUGUGAGGGCGGAAAUCGGCUGCUAUGUGAGGGGGAGAGGUAUAUCAGAAUAGGGCCUUUGUGCUGGAAUACAAUAUGUGCCGGGUGAUCCGUUAUCGAACUUUGCAUUUUGCCCUUUGAUUGUGGGUGUUCAACUGCCGGCAUGGAACAUCAUUGAUGGCAUGUGGUGCUACCAUACUAUGGCAUACUUAACCAGCCAGCCCCGCACAGGGCCUUGCUAAGUCAUCAAUUUAACAGUCACAGUUACGGUAAAACUCAGUGCCAAUUUCUGACUGGGUACCCAUGGUAUGCAUUCAAUGUUGGCUGGGCGGUCGUAAUUACAAUGUUUCCAUGAUUUGAACAUCCUAGCCUGGCAGCGGUUUUGUACAUACACUUGUACAAAUUUGCCAAACAGCCUGGAGCUGAGCCCGGCCCCGUGCCCAGCUCAGUAUAUCGAUACCGGUACAGGGCCGGGAGCUGCAGUAUAAAUUG